CCAAGUAGCUCCAAAAUCAAAUUUGUGUCAUUUGACUCUCUAAAUCGCUGCCACCGUCAUGGAACCGCAAGCUCCGUCGUUAAAUCCCAACCUCCGUCUGCUUUGUAGCUACGGUGGCCGUAUAAUGCCCCUCCCACCGGAAAAAUCCCUCCACUACAUCGGCGGAGAGACGCGGUUAGUCGUCGUUCCACGUGACAUCUCCUUGAUCGACUUCUUCAAGCUUCUCUCCGACAAGCUUCUCUUUAGUCGCUCCUUCUCUCUCAAGUACAAGCUCCCUGGCUGUGAACUCGACGCUCUCAUCACCGUCUCCGACAACGAUGAUCUACAGAACAUGAUCGCCGAGUAUGACUCCACUCGCUUCCGGCAUAUCCGUCUCUUCCUCUUCCCGUUAAAUCAACCCGAGUCAACGCGACAGUCUGUGACGGUCAACCGGUUGCUAGGUCUCGAGUCACCGAUCUUCACCUCUUCAUCUUCCGUUCUUGCCAGUCCGAUUUUCCCGCCAAGCAGUGGUCCGACGCAGUUUGUCCAUGGCGACAAGUACCAUGUAACAGCGGGGGAGGAGAAUAUGAGAAAGGAUCACGAGGCGGCUCCUACAACCUCCGCCUCUAUGUUGCUACCGGAAAAUACCGCAGCCGCUGAUGGUAACGGAGGAGUAUCAGAUAGAGAAACAGAGAGAGUAGAAAUACAAGACCAGCCACGGCCAACCGUUCAAGAGCCUUUUCCCCCGCAGCAGCCAAUGAUGUUCUGCUAUUUACCAGUCUGGCCGAUGCAGCCACAUAUGGUUAAUUAUCCAGUUGCUGCUUAUGCCUUGUCUCCGGCAACAGAGCAUUCUUCUAGGUUAGAUCCUGUGCCGGCGAAUCAGGAAAACGCGACCUGAAAGG